GCUCGAACAUCGAGUGCAAUUCCGAUCGAAUGUUCAACAUUGCGCAAUCUCGUGCAACACGCAGCCGCGGCAAUAUGUUUUUGCGAAAUCCGAACGAAAUGGAUUUUUAAAAUACGAUUUUGUCGAGAUCGUUUUAGAGCGCAAUCGAUUCCUCCAGAUGCCGCCGCGGAUUCCAUAUUGCAUAUCGCGAUUUGCAGAAAGUGAAUCGAAAAUCUAGGAAAAACUAGUACAAAAUGGGCAAGGAAAAGACUCAUAUUAACAUUGUCGUCAUUGGACAUGUCGACUCCGGCAAGUCCACCACCACAGGUCAUUUGAUUUACAAAUGCGGUGGAAUUGACAAGAGAACAAUAGAAAAAUUCGAGAAGGAAGCCCAAGAGAUGGGCAAAGGCUCUUUCAAAUAUGCUUGGGUUUUGGAUAAACUCAAGGCUGAGCGUGAACGUGGUAUCACUAUUGAUAUCGCUCUUUGGAAGUUUGAAACCUCCAAAUACUAUGUUACGAUCAUUGACGCUCCUGGACACAGAGAUUUCAUCAAGAACAUGAUUACUGGUACUUCGCAGGCUGACUGCGCGGUAUUGAUUGUUGCUGCGGGCACUGGCGAGUUUGAGGCCGGUAUUUCCAAAAACGGACAGACUCGCGAGCACGCUCUGUUAGCUUUUACUCUUGGAGUAAAACAACUCAUCGUUGGUGUCAACAAGAUGGAUUCCACUGAACCCCCGUACUCCGAAACUCGAUUUGAAGAAAUUAAAAAAGAAGUCUCGUCAUACAUUAAGAAGAUCGGAUACAAUCCGGCUGCUGUUGCGUUUGUACCCAUUUCUGGCUGGCAUGGAGAUAAUAUGUUGGAAGUAUCCGCCAAAAUGCCCUGGUUCAAGGGAUGGACUGUUGAGCGCAAAGAAGGCAAGGCUGAAGGCAAAUGUCUCAUUGAAGCCCUCGACGCUAUUCUGCCACCUACCAGGCCAACUGAUAAGGCCUUGCGUCUUCCGCUUCAGGAUGUUUACAAGAUUGGUGGUAUCGGAACGGUUCCUGUUGGUAGGGUGGAAACUGGUGUGUUGAAACCUGGUAUGGUCGUCACAUUCGCACCUGCCGGUCUGACAACUGAAGUAAAAUCAGUUGAAAUGCACCACGAAGCCCUUCAGGAGGCCGUGCCCGGUGAUAACGUAGGUUUCAACGUUAAGAACGUGUCUGUUAAAGAAUUACGUCGUGGAUAUGUAGCCGGAGAUUCGAAAAACAACCCGCCUAAGGGCGCCGCUGACUUUACCGCACAGGUCAUCGUUCUCAACCAUCCUGGUCAAAUUAGCAACGGAUACACGCCGGUGCUGGAUUGCCACACUGCACAUAUUGCCUGCAAAUUUGCUGAGAUCAAAGAAAAAUGUGACCGUCGUACUGGCAAAACUACUGAAGAAAACCCGAAGGCUAUCAAAUCCGGCGACGCUGCCAUCGUCACAUUGGUGCCAUCCAAGCCCAUGUGCGUAGAAGCGUUCCAAGAGUUCCCACCUCUGGGUCGUUUCGCAGUUCGUGAUAUGCGUCAGACGGUAGCUGUUGGUGUCAUUAAGGCUGUCAACUUCAAAGAUCAGGCUGGAAAAGUCACCAAAGCCGCCGAGAAAGCCCAGAAGAAAAAAUAACUAUUGUAAUAGUUUCCGUGUAUACACCGAUAGUUUCCGUGCGAAUAUGCCGCCGGAUGGGCACUGGUGUACAUCGGGCGACGUAGCCCGUUCUCUUUUCUCAUGUACUUCGUGCAAGAGGAGUAUCGUAUUGUCACCGUUGUCAGAAUAUUCUCUGCAGCCACGUCCCAAGCCGCGAAGAUCGAUUCUUCACGCCUGCGAGAUCGCGCGGUUGCCGCGCUUUCUCGACACACGAAUGUUCCGUAUGUCUAAAUGGUUGCUGCGUCACUUCUUUCAUCGUAAGGCAUUUCGCAGGAAAGGAAACGUGGCUGACAGAGAGUAUUAUUUCCUAACGGCCGACGAACGUGUAUCUUUCUUUCGCGUGAAUCGCAUGCGGAGAAAGAGAACGGACUUCGUACGAGCUAACUAAUAUAACAUCUACUUUAUAACGAACAGACAUUAACAUCGUAAUUUAGUGCGACUUAAAUACAUUUUCUUCUUAUACGGAUAUAAAAUUUGUAUUUCGAAUAUACGAAAUAUUUAUUUUCGUAUAAUUAGGAAAUAUAAUUAAGCCUUGCUGUUCUUCAUGUAUCGCUCUCACAUCUAUCGUAGUUAUACACGAUCUGACCAGAAAUAAAGUAAUAAUAAUAUAUCGCGGCGAUGCUCCAUAUCCUUUGUCUUCUUGGUAGCUUUUUAUAUUAAUCGUUCAGAUUAUUAUAUUCAUUCAGAAAAUUAGAGUAGAGAAGACAACGGUGGUAGGCCUUGACACACACACGCAAAAGUAGAUUUUGUUGUUGGGAUGUGGGACCUGUUUUCUCUAAUACUUUACCGUUCUAUAAUGCGAUUGAAGAGCUUAUUUUUCAGAAUACACUUCUGAAUUCGUAUAUUUGAGAACAAAGUCUACGAAGCUGUCCACGAGUUUCUAUAAAAAUAAACAUUUUUUCGCUAAUUUAUAUAUAUAGUUUGGAGACGAGAGCUUUUCAAUUAGAUAAGACAAGUCCAAAAACCUUGAGAACACCUUUUUCUACGAGAUAAAUUCUUUUUAUCAAUUAACGUUUCCGAACAAACGCAGUGCAUGCACACAAAAAAAAGUGACUUGCAAUUCGACUUGGCAUUUUUUAUCCCGCGAUUCUACUAACUGGGUUGAGAUAUUGACAGUUUUCUGUACAUACAUAUAUAAAUAUUCAACGAUGAGGAGUAAGAGCGAAAAUAAAGAAGCUACGGAAACGAAA